AUGAAGCCACUCUCGUCCACAAGCUGGGCAGCUCGGGGCAUGGCCAGCCUCCUAGUGUUCCCACUGGUACCCGUGGAAGCCUCCAGUGAUAACCCAAGCUUAGCCCCAGCACCCCCGAUGGGGUUCAACAACUGGGCACGCUUUGAGUGCGAUCUGAACGAAACGCUCUUCAUCGAAACAGCGCAAGCAAUGCGAAAGCGCGGCCUCCUAGACGUAGGCUAUGACCGCCUCACGCUGGAUGACUGCUGGAUGCUCCACGACCGUGCCGAUGACGGCUCCCUAGAGUGGGACACCGACAAGUUCCCGCACGGCAUCCCCUGGCUCGCCGAGUACAUGAAAACUGAAGGCUUUCAUCUCGGAAUCUACCAGGACUCCGGGAACUUGACCUGCGGCGGGUACACGGGCUCCUACGGGCACGAGGCGCAGGAUGCCGAACUAUUCGCUAGCUGGGGCAUAGACUACCUCAAGCUGGACGGAUGCAAUGUCUGGGCCGAAGAAGGCCGCUCACUCCGCGAGGAGUACCGCGUCCGCUACGUGCAGUGGCAUGAUGUGCUGAGUGCCUUGCCAAAUCCACUUAUCUUCUCCAAUUCCGCGCCUGCGUAUUUCGAAGGCGUGGCGGCAGACUGGGCGGUCGUCAUGGACUGGGUCCCGGAAUCCGGCGAGCUGGCGCGUCACUCGGCGGAUGUGAUUGUCUACUCCAGCAAUGGUAGUGCCUGGGAUAGCAUCAUGUAUAACUACGACAUGCAUACGCGUCUAGUGCGCUACCAGCAACCGGGCUACUAUAACGAUCCGGACUUCCUGAUCCCGGACCACCCAAGCCUCUCUCAAAACGAGAAAAAAUCCCAGUUUGCGCUCUGGGCUUCCAUCGGAGCGCCACUAAUUCUCAGCGCCUAUGUUCCCGACCUUUCGGACGAGGAGAUCGCAUUCCUCAGCAACAAGGCCCUCAUUGCCGUGAACCAGGACCCGCUGGGGCAGCAGUCUGCUCUUGUUAGUCGCGACGGCACCUUCGACGUCUUGUCCCGCUCACUAGAAAACGGAGACAGACUCCUGACCGUGCUGAACCGUGGAGCUGAUGCGGCCACAACGACUGUGUCCCUCGCGCGCCUCGGCCUGAUGUCUCAGUCUGGCUGCAAGUAUGAAGCACGCGAUCUCGUCACCGACAAUAUCUCAACUAUCGACUCUGCUAUCGAGAUCCAGCUCGAUUCUCAUGUUGCCAAGGUCUACCGUAUUGCGCUGCCUGGAAGCUGUUCUACGGCUACUUCCACCGGGAUGGUUUUCAAUACUCCAUCUGGUCUUUGUAUGACUGCUUCUACUGUUUCUAUUACCUUUGAGAAAUGCAGUGCGUUAGACUCUCAGAUAUGGCAGGUGACGGCAACAGGCGAUGGCACUAAGCUGACUUUGAGUCCUCUGUCGGAUACGUCGGUUUGUCUUGCUGCUGAUGGGGUUUCACUUGCUAAGUGUCGUGGCACUGGUACUACCUGGGAUUAUUACAUUUCCGGCCAUUUGCGCAGUUCGUCUGGGAAUUGCUUGACUCAGACCAAGGAUAAAGCCAAUAUCGAUGAGUGUGUGAUUGACAGUGUUGGGCAGAUCUUUGGAUUGCCGAGUGGAGUCCACCUGGCCAAGGGGGAUUUGACCUAG